CAGCACUGCAGCCGCCGGCAGAUCGAUAGCAAGCCUGUCUCAAGAAGAGAAAGGAAGGGUGACCUGUCGUUUCCUGCCUCACGCCUGCUGGGAAUUUGAGUCCCCUGCCAGAGCUCGUCGCCGCGUCCCCAGUGCCAGCCUCGGGGUGAGCGGCCUUUCCCCAAACGCCUGCUGGAAAUUUCCAGAGGCACUACAGCACUCCCGAAACAAAGGGCUGCUGUGCCUCCCCGCAGGCGCUUCAUUUUGGGAUCCAUUGCUCCUGGCAGGCACGUCAUGCUCUGCUUCACCGGCUGAAUUUAAGCCUCUUACGUGCUGCUCAGUUGGAGGGGUUCAUAUUAAGUGUCCAAAAUCAGAAUUAGUCCCAGCACCGUGAUUUUCCAUCAUGUCAGAACCUAUCACGCUCAAUGUUGGAGGAAAACUGUAUACCACCUCUCUGUCCACUCUGACUAGCUUUCCAGACUCCAUGCUGGGGGCCAUGUUUAGUGGGAAGAUCCCAACCAAGAAGGACAGCCAAGGCAACUGCUUUAUUGACAGAGAUGGCAAAAUCUUCCGCUAUAUCCUGAACUUUUUACGAACUUCUCACUUGGACCUCCCCGAAGAUUUUCAGGAAAUGGGCUUACUGCGGCGGGAAGUAGAUUUUUAUCAAAUUCAGCCCCUGAUUGAGGCCUUGCAGGAGAAGGAGGUGGAGCUUUCUAAAGCAGAGAAAAAUGCCAUGCUCAACAUCACCCUUGAUCAGAAGACCCAGACUGUUCACUUCACUGUCCGAGAAGCACCGCAGAUUUACAGCCUGUCUUCCUCCAACAUGGAAGUGUUCAGUGCUCAUAUCUUCUCCACGUCAUGCCUGUUCCUGAAGCUUCUUGGUUCCAAACUGUACUACUGUUUCAAUGGAAACCUUUCCUCAAUAUCCAGUUACCUGCAGGACCCCAACCACUUGACCUUAGAUUGGGUUGCGAGUGUGGAAGGCCUUCCCGAAGAGGAGUACACCAGGCAGAACUUGAAGAGACUCUGGGUGGUGCCAGAUAAUAAGCAAAUCAAUAGUUUCCAGGUGUUUGUGGAAGAAGUGCUGAAAAUAGCCAUGAGUGAUGGCUUCUGCAUAGAUUCUGCUCAUCCACAUACUUCAGAUUUCAUGAAUAAUAAGAUUAUUCGCCUAAUUCGGUACAAGUAGGAAUGGCUGUUUGUGGUGCUAGCAUGGAGAUAACACAGGUUAAGUGUUUCCCUUUAAAACACACUUACAGCCUAAUUCAGAAUCAUGCUUAUCUGUAUUAAGAGUCACUAACAAGGAGAUGAUUUUCCUUUAAUGUACUUACCAGUACGACCUUUCAGAAUAUGUCCAUAUUCCAGACAGAAGUAAUAUUGUCUAGCACCUGAAUUAUGGACUGGCUCUGUCUCUGCCUCUGACCAGCCAUACAGUUCUGGGGAAAAUCACUUAACUUCUGUCCUCUCUGCAUUUUCCAGUUGGAAAAUGAGUGAUCCUUGACCUGCAUUGCCAGGGGAUGACAGGGUUCCGUAACCAUGGUUUGGAACGUAUCUGAAGAAUGGAUGCAGUGAAAGAUACCAUGGAGCUGCAGUGCAGCAAACAGCCCUGGGAGCACAUUUGCCAUGUCCUGCUGACCUGUGCAGAGCAUUCAAGAAACUUGUUUGGACCUGCAGAGAAGAAGCUUUCCCACCUGCACUCAAUGCAGCUGUAAAGGAUGGUGGAAGUUGAAAAUGAGUGAGGGAUCCCGUCUCUUUGGGUUCAACAAAGGAUUUCUGUCACCCUGUGAAGCUGGCUUGGGUUUUUUUCUAAACCCUGUGAGGAAGCCCCUGCUUUAUUCUGCUUUCAGGGAAGCCGUGUUGGAAUAAUGUGACUGGCAAGGAAGCCAUAGAAGAGAGAAUGGCGCUAUUACAAACUAAGAAGAUUAAACUUUUACAUUCCAAAGGCAUCCGAGACAACUAGUCGUUUUCUUUCUCUAACAAUGUUAAUAUUUGUCUGGAGGAUGCUGCUGGAACUUUUUAAGGUGAAGACAGAUUUUGGGGCAGAGCGCCCCAAAUGUCUUCUAACAUUUCAGCCUCUUUUGGGCAUAUGUCCCUUCAGCAGUGCCUGGAAUGCAUGGGAUGCUUUCUAGGUAGAAUGAAUUUCAUUUGAAAAGACAACAUUCUCACCAAGUUACACCUAAUAUUUUUCAUUGCAAAAACAGAGGGUCAUUUUUCCUAUCCUGGUUUAUUGAGCCUUUUUUUGUUUAAUAUCUUUGUGAAAUGGUCAGGGUCACUAAAAGAAUUUUACCUGCUUGCUUGGCUUCAGUGUCUGCUUGCCAGAGGGAAGGCAGUGGGAAACCAGAGGUCAAAUUCUUCCCUGCACACCUGGUCUGUGCUGUAAUGAUAACUCACUAGCUGCAUGCUGUCUCUAAACAUCAUUUGUGCCACAUUCAAGAUGGUUCUUUCUCAGCUAAUUAUGUUUAAAAGUAUCUUAACUGUAUUUCCCUAACCAGAUUGCUGUGAGUGCAUGAGAGGCCCUCUGGAACGUAUUCAGGUAUCUUUAAUGAGAUAGAAGGGAAAAUGCAGUAACUAAGUUUUGCAUUUAGUUUUAGUGCUUCCAAAGGUUUCUGGCACAGGACUGCAAAGCUCAGUACUGUGCAUGUUCUUGUUUCCCAAAGUAACUACUCUGUUGUUACAUUAAGCUGACCUGUGAACAAGCAUAAAGAAGCUUUUUUUCUUGUAAAAAACCAGUGUGAUCAAUAUAUUUCUACUGUCCCAAACUGUGACUGCAUGAACAACACAAAUCAGCAUGCUGGUGGGUAAAAUGCACAUUCUGCAGUUGUUACAAACCACUGCCCUUUGUCUGACUUGGUGCUAAACCAGCAUGAUAUACAUGGGACCACGUUGUCAGAAAGCACUGAUUGGGCUUGAAGCCCUCAGAACCACUAAACGUGGCACAUUUUGUGUAUUUUGAGGAUUGUAAACAGGAUUUUGUGACCAAAUUCCAGUUUGAGUCACCAUGUUCUUCUAUAUUUAGUUGCAUUAGGAAGAAUUCUUUUUUUUUUUUCCCAUCCCAGUCCUGAAUUACAAAGCAUGAGUUUGCCAGUCAGUUGGCAAAGGGAUGAUCUGUGCUGGUAAUAAGAUUAUGAUCAGUAAAAUGAACCCUCUUUCAUCAAAUCUGUAACUUGAAACAGAUAUGCUGUUGCUGAAUUUAUGAUAACAGAGAUUUUGGGGACUGUUGACAAUAUUUCUUUUUAACCCACACCCUCGAGAGUAGAUUUUAAAUGAUCUGUAACCGGAGCUCUUGUAUGUCAUGACUAAAAUAAUACCAGUAAGAAUUUGUUUUCUGUCAGCUUGAGUUUAUCCAAAGGUAAGAGCAGUGGGCUUAGAUCUCAUUUGGAAGGGUGGUGGGGGGAAAGUCUGACCUAUACCCUUUAGAGCUCUGGAUCAGUACUGCUCCAGUCUGGUUCAGCAAAAUAAAAUAUUCCAUGGGAGAGUUGAAUCAUUACUGCAUUUUUCUGUGAAAGACAAGUAAGAGGAGUCACCUGGAGUGCUUUAACCCAUCAGUUGUUAUGCAGAAGAUGAACAAAUUGAAUACACACUGGUUUGUGCUUAUGCAACUAAGUCAGUAAAAGGUACAGCUGGCCCCAGAUACUGUCAUUUAUUAAUAGACAGUGAGGUGCAAAAUAUCUCUCUUUUAUAUAUAUAGAUAGAUGCAAGAUUUCCAACCAGUAUAAAGACAUGAGUGAAGUCACGCUUUGGGAGGAACAGAAAAACUUGAGUUUCCUCAAACUUGCUAAGCACAAUAAACAUCCUUACGUAUGAGGCACUAUUUAUACUGGAAAUGGGCGUAAGUGAAUCACUUGUGAUUGCAGUCAAACAUAUGUUCUACAAAGGCAGCUAUUUCAAACUCCACACUAAGUUCAAUUUAUAGCUGCUCCCGAGUUCUGCAGUCUGUGAGUUACGAUAUAAUGACUGUUUAUAGGAACGUUCUCUCUCCAGAGUAUUUGUUUGCAUCUUAUCUGAAUAGCUGUUUUUUAUUUAACUACUUUUUCUGAGCCCUGGAGGUGUAACUUGCUUUUGUUUACCAGUCAACAGCACUGAUAAUGAGUCUUCUCAAGAGUUUUCCUGAAUUACAGAGAAACAAAGAUGCACAAAGCCAUACUAAGUAUAGCACAACCCCAUCACUAGUCAUGAAAAGCACUCGGAAUUUAUUAGCAGAUUUAUAUAUCUAAAAAUUAUUUCACUGCUGAGCGGAAUAUUCACUUUCAGAACAAAGUUUUUUUUCCUGGAAAGGAUCUAAUGACAUUUUCUUCCCUUAAAGUUUUGUGUCUGUUUUCUUCUACAUCUUGGUGCAUAACUCCUGAUUCUGUCAUAUGCCUGUCUCCCUCAAUACCUUAGUGUACAAAAUGAGGCCAAGCCCUGCAAUUUUUUUUUAUAAUGCCCCCCCCUCCUUUUUUUUUUCCGUAAAUGACCGCUGAAUAGAGUGUUCAGUAGUGUUAGAGGAGAAUAAUACAAGAGUUAGGGCAGAUGAUAAACAAGAUUUUAGCUGUAGUCUAAUGGCAUUCUCAGAUCUGGACAUGUGCAUAGCACAGUGGUAUUAUAGCAAAAAGACUAUAAUGAAACAUCUUAAUAGACUCCAGAAAGAAUCACUUGUGGAUUUCUUUAAACGUUUUUAGGCUUGAUAUGUCUUAAGUAUCUAACAAUGCCCAGUUACAAUAAUGAGACUAAAACUGUAUGUAAAUAAUAAGAGAUACUUGGUUUAUACAGCUGUUAAAGGCUGGGAGGAGUUGAUGGGAGGAGUGUUUAUUUCUGCAGGCAGUGGUAAAGAAAUAAAAGAAGUAGUUGUAAAAAGUUAGAUCUGAAAGAAUUCACAUUAACAAGAAAUCCAGGAUUUAGAAGGGAGAGAAUAAAAAUAUCUUGAUGUGUUCAAGAAAAAAACCCAGCAAGAUAACAAUGGAGACAAAGAUUUUGCUACAAGAGUCUGUGAUUGGAAUGAUUCACUGGUCCUUUCCAGUUUUAAUCUCCUAUUAUGCAUUUUAAAUAUGAGUCAUGCCAAGACUUAUGCUAGUAGCUUCUUGGGAGCAGGAAGCUUUGCUUCAAUUUGCAUGUGCCUCAAAUCACCAGACAUUUGCACUGCUGUACUUAGAACUUUAUAACUGGGUUGUUGAGUAUAAAUUGCUGCUCGAGUUCACUGGCAGCAAAUAUCUGCAGUCAAUCAGAUUCACUCCCAGGAAUAAAAAGCAAGGUGGAAAGGCUGGUGGAGUCCGUAAGUAAGGUUGGUGGAAGUGAUAAAUACUGCCUUCAGCCACAGACUAUGGAAAAUUAGUGUAGGAUCUUCUGAUACUUCACAAAUUAAUGGAGAAGUUAUGAAGAAGACUCCUCUGGGCAGUUUUAUUUUCACCCCAUCCUGUAGAACUUGGUGUCACUGCUCAGAAUUUCAGUGUAUUUUGAAACAUACAUCUUCCAUUCUGCAUCCACAUGCUGAUGGACACAAACAUGCAGGGUACAAGCAGUGCUAAUAUGGGGCCCUCCCAGUAUCAGUCUCAUAGGUGAAUUAGUACAGGCAGUCACCGAUAGUCUGUGCAAUUGUGUAUAAAUAUCUAGAUCAAGCUCACAGGUUCACUUGGGAAUAACACAAGGAAAGUUUUCCCUGUCAAUUCAGAAAAAAAAAAGCACUAUAGGGGAGGGCUACAUCUAAUAAUUUCUAUUCUCCUCGUUGUCUUGGCAUUCCCCUCAGUAUUUUCAUGCUCUAACUCCUAAUUGCAGGAUUUUCCCAUUGAUCAGAAUUUGGACCCCAGCUCACCAAAAGCCAUGCUUUUGAAUCAAUACUGUUUGAAGUGUGAGAAGAUGGUCUUUAUUGCUUACCACCGUCACAGAGGGCCUGUAGGGCUAUGGUAUUUUAAAAAUUAGAUUGCAUUCCUCUACUUGCAACUCUUUCUGUGAACUGUUACAAAUAUGUACUUUAGAAAGCAGCAAAUAAAAUGUGAAUGAAGCAGGA